AUGGCCGACGACUCGGGCUGGCUCCAGUGGGCUCUGAUCCUCGUCCUGACCGCCCUUCUCCUCUCCGUUGCCGUCCUCGCCCAGACCGCGAGCACCUACUGGGCGGCAUACGCCGCGGCGCCGCGCGAGAUGGCCACCUUUAUCGACACGGUCGACUUUUCCAUUCAGGAAAACGAGAGCUACGACAAGGACAUGGCCAAGGUCCAGCGCCUCGAGGACAAGCUCCGCCUCGCCCAGCUGCUCCGCGAGAUUCAGAGGACCGGCGACGAUCUGCGCGAGGAGCUCAACGCCCUCCUCAUCGCCGCUGAGCACGUCACCGGCACCGGCACUGGCAGCGCUAUGCGCACCAGCACCCGCCUCCUCUGGGCCGCCAAGCGCACCCGCCUCGAGGACCGCGUCCGUCGCCUCGAUCUCCUGCGCAUGCGCUUCCUCGUCGUCUUCCUCGGCAUCAUUACCUCGGUCGCAGAUCGCCAGCCGCCUCCUCCUCCACCGCUUCCCAGAGAUAUGGAGAAGUCGCCCGCCGCCUUUGCGACGCCGCCGAGCAAACCUGUCCUGCGCAAGUCGCUCACCGAGACCAUCCCUAAGCGUCCCCCCGUCCGCCGCCUCACCAUGCAAGCCAUUGGCCACCGGGAGAGCGUCGCCUCCAACGGCCGCCAGGGCUGGGCCGGCGUUGUCGAGGAGCUGCAGCUCUCACCGCGCAUGCACCAGCGUCAUGCGUCAAUUGAGCGAUCCAUGUCCGUCGAGAGAUCCCUGUCACCGCGGGAAAGGGCUCCGUAG